AUGGAAUCGCGGAGAAUUUGGUACAACUUACUUUGGAGCUUUUGCCUUAUUUUUGUGGUUCUUAACUCACAUCACGUGCUUGGAAAGAAAGGAAAGAAGUCGCAUUCAAAGAGGAAGCCAUCUUGGAAAGCGCCCAGACCUCACAUUAUUAUGAUUGUCGCUGAUGAUCUGGGCUGGGAUGACGUCAGUUUUCACGGCUCUCGCCAGAUCCCAACUCCUCAUAUGGACAAACUGGCCAAUGACGGAGUGAUUCUAAACAGUUAUUACGUAUCACCAAUUUGUACUCCUACCCGGUCCUCUAUCAUGACUGGAAAACACCCGGUCAACUUAGAUAAAUCUACUCGCGGAAUCAAAUCUGAAGGAGAAGAAACGGUGUUAAAGGAGCCAUUUGUUCGACAUCGUAAUUUUGCCAGCUAUUUUUUUUCAACAAGACCUACUAAAGAUGGGAAAACAAUUUUUUUCUAUCAGUGGCAUUUAGGAUUUUUUGAAAAGGAAUACACUCCAACUUAUCGCGGAUUUGAGUCUUUCUAUGGAUUUUGGAAUGGAAAAGAAGAUUUUUGGGACCACACCUCACUCGAAGAUGUAUGGGGGACAGAUCUACGAAAUAACAUGAAGCCCGUCAAGAACGAGAGUGGCCAUUAUGGAACAGAAUUAUUCACAGAAGUGGCUGAGCGAAUCAUUGAUACUCACAACAAAUCCGAGCCGCUGUAUUUGUAUUUUGCGCAUCAAGCUGUUCAUUCGGGAAAUCCAAAGGACCCUUUGCAAGCUCCAAAGAGAGUGCUGGACAAAUUUCAGCAUUUUUCAAAGGAAGACAGAAGAAUUUAUGCUGCCAUGGUGGCGUCUUUAGACGAGUCCAUUGGAAAUGUAACUAAAGCUCUCAAGAGAAAUGCAAUGUUUGAUAACUCUGUGAUCGUUUUCACGACAGACAAUGGAGGCGCUCCAUGGGGAUUUAACUGGAACGCGGGAUGUAAUUACCCACUCAGAGGAGGCAAGGACACACUCUGGGAGGGAGGAGUCCGUGGAGUUGGUUUCGUUCACAGCAAGCUCAUCGAAAACAAAGGCCGUGUUAGCUAUGAUUUGAUUGACGUCACAGAUUGGUUACCAACCUUCUAUCAUCUGGCCGGAGGUGACGUCACUAAAAUACAAGAUAAGAUUGACGGUAUGAAUGUGUGGGACACCAUUGCAAAUGGGAAGAAAUCUCCGCGCACGGAGGUUCUCCACAACAUCGAUCCCUUUCGCCGAUUUGCAGCCAUUCGAGUGAAAGAAUACAAGUUAGUCGUGAAUCAAGACGCUGAUUACAAAAUCACUUGGCUUCCGAGGUAUAAUGUCCCUGGGGAACUGGACUCUCUUCCCCAGCCCUCUACCUUACCUGGCGCGGUUAUUGAAUGUGGAAAAUGGGACAGUGAAGAAGAGGCUGCAUGUAAAAGUGAUGUUUUUCCUUGUUUGUUUAACGUGAAAGAAGAUCCGUGUGAGUACAACAAUAUUGCUCAAUCCAACCUUGAUACAGUAAAACGUCUUAUUUUAAGACUUCUUCAUUAUCACAAAAAGGCCGUUCCUAUAUGGUUCCCGGAGAGGGAUUGCGAUGCGGACCCAGAAAAUCAUGACGGGUUUUGGGGCCCUUGGAGGUCUUCAGAAGCUAACAAGGCUAUUUUGAAAGAAGUAAUCGAGAGCAUACCGUCAGUUAAUGAAGAGAAGCAUUCUAAACGUAAAAAGAUUGCAAUCGAUAAGACAGAACUUGAUGAAGAGUCUUUAAGUUUAUAUAAUGAACAGAGCAAGGAAUUUGAAAGUAUGUUAAAAAAUUACCUCAACGAAGUUGAUAAACGUAAAAGGAGUGAGACUUCUCCACAGAGAAGUGGCAAAAUGAAUUAGUGCUGCGUUCAAGAAUUUUGGUUUACUGUGAGUACAAAAUAUGAGAACGCAGUAAUUUUCAAUUGAGUGUCAAAUUAAUCUGAGAUUACUUUUAGUUUCGCUCUACUAUGCCCUGUGAUUGGUCCAGAAAACUCGCGCCACU